CAAUAGUGAUAAUAAUUAUGAUUAGCAUGACACAAUAUGGAGAACAAUUGAAGACUAAAGCCUAAAGGCAUCCGGCCUCUGAUGCAUUGUCCAUCGACUUCUCUCAAACAACCGGAAAAAACUAGAGUAGUUUAGAGUCCACUCUCCUCCUAAGUUGAGAAAGUGGUUGGUGGUUCGCAUUCCCACAACUUCUGUGAGCUUUGGAUUCUCUCAGUUUGAUCUGAAAAGAGAAGUACAUGAUAGAGUCUGAUUCUGGACAGUAACAUGGGCGGUAUAUGCUGCUGUUUGCGAGAUGGUUAUGAGGAUUUUGUGACUCCAAACAGCUCAAUAUACAGGAACUGUAUAUGCCUCCGUUAUCUUCUUCAGCAUUUCUUAUAUGUGUAUACAUCAGUAUUUCACCGAGAACAACGUGUCAUCAGUUCAUCUACUCAAGUGGCAGCGUCUUUGAGUUCUGCUGGGUCACCCGAUAGCUCUCUCGUUGACAUGUAUCGGUCUCCUCCUAGACCAUUACCUUAUGAUGCUGAUCCUAGAUAUUUCCGUUUACAAAGAGAUGGACUAGUCUCUAGAAGGGAAAAAGGUUCAAGUCACUCGCAUGAGGAGACUGAACCAUUACGAAGAAAUGAUAUUGAUGAUGAUGAUGAUUCUAUGAGUACCGGAAACAAAUGGGAUGCUUCUUGUGAGCAAGGAUUAAAAGAGCUCAACUCUAAAACCUCACUUAAGCUUUCAACCUCUAAAACUACUGGAUUCGCCCAUCUUUAUUCUUCUUCUUCCUCUUCAGAAGAUGAAGAUGCAUGCCCUACAUGCCUUGAAGAAUAUACAGAAGAAAACCCCAAAAUAAUAUUGAAAUGCUCUCAUCAUUUCCAUCUUGGUUGCAUUUAUGAAUGGAUGGAGAGAAGUGAUAACUGUCCAGUUUGUGGCAAGGAGAUGGCGUUUGAUGAGGCAACUAACCCUGCUUAACAGAUUUCAGACAUGAGGGAAACCAACAAGAACAAAGAUAACUAUCCCGAAAGGAUGAUGUAAUUAUAUGUAAAGUCUUCGUUAUUAGCUGAACACACAACACAUGUCUUCAUACAGAGAAGAACAUAAGUUGGUAUUUGCUCCAUAAACAUAUACUCCUCCGUAUAUUGAGCGGUGCAUGGUAAGAUGCACCCAACCCCAUGUGAAUUAUGAUAUACAAAGUUCUGUGCGUGCUACAGAAAAAGCACAAAAACUGUUUGUGGUUGACUUCACUUUAGUAUCUGUAUGUCACCCCCAUAAAAG